UUUCAGAUGCUCGCUGUCAUAUUUAGAAGAUGCCCCCUAGCAGCCCGUAAGGUACUGCACCAGGUAGGUCCUCCACAAAGAUGCUGGACAUCUGUCUUGACUGGAGCUCCUGGCGGGGGACGUGGCUCCCUGCAGAGCUGCUGGGCCUCCUCAGCAAUGCUGCUAUCUACAGGAAGAUGUCCUGGACUCUUAGACCCUCCGGCUGAGCCCUUCCAGAGGACUCAAACCCACGUUUCUCCAUUUGUAGCGAGAAACCAACAUUUCCACUCCUCUGCUGUAAAGUUGAAGAAGCGACCGCAGCCCGAGCCCCCCCCAAGAGAGCUGGACCUGCUGCGCUACGACAUGAAGGACUUGUGGAAGGGUCCCAAACCUGCCUUGUACCUGGGGUUUGCUGGGCUGAUCCCCUUCGUGUCCCCGACUGUGCUCAUGGCUGUGACUGAAUGCUACCUCCCAGAACUGGCCUAUGCACAGUUAGCAUACGGUGCCUCCAUCCUGUCCUUUCUGGGUGGAGCUCGCUGGGGAUUCGCUCUCCCUGAGAAAAGCCCAGCUGAACCAGAUUGGAUAAACCUGGCCAACAGUGUGGUUCCCUCCCUCUUAGCCUGGGUGGCCAUGCUAAUGAGCGACAGCAUCAUCCCUGCGGCCACCAUGGUUAUAAUGGGCCUGGGAAUCUCGCUGCAUUAUGACCUCUCUCUGCUGCCCACUUACCCCAGCUGGUUUAAAGCCCUGCGCUCCAUCCUGACCGUUGUGGCGUUUUUUUCUCUAGUUGGUACUCUUGCAAUUAAUGAGAUUUUCCCAGAAAAGAAAAUAUUCUCAGAUUAAAUUGUAUAAAAAUAAAAUAUAUUUAAAACAAAAAAAGUUAGAAAACAGAAUUUUGCAUCUUUGUUGACAACUUUCAAUCGUGUCAGUGUCGUUCUUUUUUUUCUUUUUUACAGCCAGCCAUUAUGUG